AUGGGAAAAUCGAUAGCUCUAGAUGUGCGAACGGACUUCAUUAUUCGUCAAGUAAAACAACUAAUAUAUGACGCAGAAGGAAUUCCCACUCAUCACCAACAUCUUACUUAUAACGGCAAAGAUCUCGAGAAUAAUCGACCUCUUUGCUAUUAUGGAAUUGAUCAUAAUGCCACACUGAUCGUAAGAAAAAUUAACGUGGAUAACGUCACCCAUUAUGUCGUCGAUCCAGAGAACCUAGAUCCCGAAUAUGAUUGUGACUUCACCAACAUCAAAGAUGAAGGUGCAAAAUUCGUGCGAGGAGGAUUGGCGUAUAAGCGUCCAGCUGGUUGGAAACGUUACGCACUCAAGGUACUUGGCAAAUACGAGAAUGACGCUUGGUUAGGCGCAGGAACGAACGGAAACGAGUGGCCAGUCUCAUAUCAUGGCACGGCCUAUUGCAAUGCCAAUUCCAUUGCGGAUAAUGGAUAUUCGCUGAAAAAAGGAAAAAAUUUUGCUUACGGUCACGGGACCUACUCGACACCCAACAUCCAUAUAGCGGAGAAGUACGCAAAAGAGUUUGUAUUUAAAGGGGAAACGUAUCUAGUGGUCCUUCAAAAUAGAGUAAAUCCGAAGAACUUGAAGCGAAUUAAGACAUAUAUGGGAGAAUAUUGGAUCUCCCCGAAGGGAGAGGAUUUAAGAGUGUACGGGAUAUGUAUUAAGAAAAAGGAACGUUUCGCAAUACUUCGUUUCAUAUGGCAACAGAUUGGAAUCAUGGGCUUCCUUGUCCUAUUUGCAUGGGAGUUUCCUGUGAUACAAGCAUCAGUAAUAAACACUCAAGGAUUCAGAUCAAUCGUCAUUCAGUCUCCAGUGGAAGCAGAAAGCUUUAAGAUUGGAUCAACACAUGUGAUAAAGUGGAAGAGUACUUUGCCUCCAAAUACUGAAGUUGUGAUAGAAAUAUUAGCCUCGCCGAGGUAUGAAUUAGAACCUCCGGAGAUGAUUUGGAAAACAACCGCCGUUA